AAAUGCUUCGGUUUGAGAGGACGACUCCUUUAUUUCCCUUAUUGGAUAUGUUUCAUGUGUUUUCCCCAACACUUCGGCUUAAGGACAUGCCUUUUGAAACACAAACACACGCACAGCUCGCACACGCACACACAGAUAAGAUAUGUAUUAGAUCCUGACACAUGCGGGGUGGAGGGAAGAGCGGGGGAGAGAGAGAGAGAGAGAGAGAGAGAAAGAGAAAGAGAGAUCCUCCUACCUGGAGCCAUAGAUUGCAAGAUACGUAGUGUUACCUGAGGAAGUCAGAACAAGUAAAAACAGAUUGAACUUCAGGGCUCUAUGAGGCAGUUGAUCAAGAUCAGUGCUUGCUCAUUCUCUCCCUCAGACUGUCUGUCUUGGGGUUUUGUUUUACUGUUUUGAGCAGCCCUUUCCGUUUUUUUCUUCCUCUUUAGCUUUAAUAUCGAAGCCGGUUUCGGUCACCAUGGCUCUGGGAAGAGCUGCCUGUCUGCGCGGAGUUGACUUUUUACAGCUCGGCCGGCUUUGCUCCUGGGUAGCUUCAGCAAUGCUCUUGACUGGGAUUUAAUCGACAAGAUCAGUUCGGCUUUUUGUGCAAUUUUUAUGGCUCAGUCCAUUUUCUAGAUCAUGCACAGAAACUUUCGGAAGUGGAUUUUCUACGUGUUUCUAUGCUUUGGAGUCAUCUAUGUCAAGUUAGGAGCUUUGUCAUCCGUGGUGGCUUUAGGAGCUAAUAUAAUCUGCAACAAAAUCCCAGGCCUGGCCCCUCGGCAGCGAGCGAUCUGCCAGAGCCGCCCCGAUGCCAUCAUUGUGAUCGGGGAAGGGGCACAGAUGGGAAUCAAUGAGUGCCAGUACCAGUUCCGCUACGGGAGGUGGAACUGCUCUGCGCUGGGAGAGAAAACAGUCUUUGGACAAGAGCUUCGAGUAGGGAGCAGGGAGGCUGCGUUCACCUAUGCCAUUACUGCUGCCGGGGUUGCGCACGCUGUCACGGCCGCCUGCAGCCAGGGCAACCUCAGCAAUUGUGGCUGUGACCGAGAGAAACAGGGCUACUACAACCAGGAGGAGGGCUGGAAGUGGGGAGGCUGCUCCGCGGAUAUCAGAUACGGCAUUGAGUUCUCCCGGAGGUUUGUUGAUGCCCGAGAAAUCAAAAAGAAUGCACGGAGGCUGAUGAACUUGCACAACAAUGAGGCUGGAAGAAAGGUUCUCGAAGAGAGAAUGAAAUUGGAGUGCAAGUGUCAUGGAGUUUCGGGUUCCUGUACAACUAAGACCUGCUGGACCACACUUCCCAAAUUCAGAGAGAUUGGAUAUAUUUUGAAAGAGAAAUACAAUGCCGCAGUGCAAGUGGAGGUGGUAAGAGCCAGUAGACUGAGACAGCCAACCUUCCUGAAAAUCAAGCAGAUCAAGAGCUACCAGAAACCCAUGGAAACGGAUUUAGUGUAUAUUGAAAAGUCACCCAACUACUGUGAGGAAGAUGCUUCCACAGGGAGCGUCGGUACCCAGGGACGACUCUGCAACCGUACCUCUCCCAACGCGGACGGGUGCGACAUGAUGUGCUGUGGAAGAGGGUACAACACACACCAGUACACCAAGGUGUGGCAAUGCAAUUGCAAAUUCCACUGGUGCUGCUUUGUGAAGUGCAACACGUGCAGCGAGCGGACAGAGGUGUUCACCUGCAAAUAACGGCACCGCGUGCAAACGCGCAGAGCAAACCACCGCGAGCGAGGAAAGUGGAGUACAACAAACAAUGACAGCAUCAUUUUGCACAUCUAAUCCUCUUGGGGAAAAGAACCCCAGCCAACACCACAACAACCACUCCCUCCCCACAACUACCUAUACUUCUAAGGAUGGUGCAUUUUGGCUGGCUGGCUGUUGUAACUGCUUUGGAAACAAGGGCAACAGGAUUAAGGUGAUGUUGACAACCACAUGAAACUUUCUCUCUGUCUCUCUCUCUUUUUUUUUUUUUUCAACUACAAUCUGGGUGUUGCAGAGUUCUCUUAGUGUUUUAAAUUAUACAUAUCAGAGAAGCUGAUUGCAUUGCAGCUCCCAUGACAUUUAAAAGAAAAAGACACUUUCUCCUAUUUUGCAGCAACAAAACUGUCUGGCCCUGUACAAACAAAGACUUUUUUAUGGAAAUGAAAUCGUCACUGACUAAAACACAGCAUUCUUUCUGCAAAAACCAAAAUUUCUAAGAAAGCAGAUAGAGAGAAAACAACAGGUAGGGAGAAAAAUCUGUGGCAGAAAUACUCCACUAUCAGUUUGGAAAAAAACCCCAAGAAGCGUUCACAAAAUUACAUCAGCUGCCAGUGACACUGGAACUCUUUGAACAAACAUUAAAAAUAAUUAUUUAUGGUUUUAAUAGUAUCAAAAAAUUCUAAGCACUAACGGGUAGCUAUGUCUUAAUUCUGUACUAAAUGUAAACUUAUUGGAACUCUGACUUUAUGACUUUUGUAUUUGGUUCUGCCUAAGUUCUUCAAUGCUACUGAUCUGUUGUCACUCCACUAUUAGAGAGCUCAAUUACUGUAGGCCUUAAGCAAUUGCCAGAACUGAGCGAAAACAUCACAUGAAACUUUGGUUACCAAUGCUUGAUAUCAACUUUUACCACUUGCCUCCUGAAUAAGAAUGACUUUUUCAGACCCAGGCCUGAGGUGUGGAGCACCUGCUCACAGAUCCUCAUAGGGAGUUUUAGGAUAAAAAGAUGUGCUUCAACAAGUAUCAAAGGUUUUGCUUUGACAAUGAAUGCACUGGCAGGGUCUUCCAGGCAUUGUGUUUUCCCUUUAAUGGUUGAAAGUUAAUAUUUUCAAGAUUUUUAAGAAAAUUAUGCUUAGUAUGCACUCAGAAGAGGAUAAAAGUCUGGCAGCUGAGCUCUAGGUUACUUCAACCUUUGAGCUGUCAUGGCUUCAUGAGCAUAAGAGAGCCAAAAUUUGGGUUAGUCUGUGUCAUCAUUAUUUUAAGGUUGGCAAUAAUGUACCUCCUGGUAAGCACAUGAAUGUUAAAAGAAAUAAGUUCACUUCUUAAAAGCACUCAAUCCUAAUUCCCACACCUUUUCCCUAUGAGAGAUUUUAAAACCAGCCUCAGAUAAUUUACUGCUGUAAAAUCUAGUGUUUUAACCCCAAGAGCCCAGAUAUGCCCACUUAGAACACAGUCCAUUUAACCAUGUAAUUGUUUGCUUGUCCCAAGGGUCCCUGCCUGAUUUUCUGAAAGCUUGGAUUAAAAAUUUCCUUGCCUCUGCAUAUGUGCAUUUUUAGCUUUUGUUUAAUUUUGUUCUUUAUAUUGAGGGGUUGCAGAGCCAUGAGCCCUCCCUACCUAACAUGGAAGCACUUGUCCAUACACAUGGUGCUCUUGGGGCAAGGGGCUGGUGGACCUAGAGCUCCACCAGCUCCUGUGCUGGAUAUGUGAAUGAGCCAGAAUUACCUCUGUAAUCUGUGGACCUGUAUUAUCAAAGGUAACUAAUGAUUUGGGGACCUUCAUUUGAACACUUGUGAGGACCUGCCUUUCUGACCCCAAGCACUUACCCCAUGAAAAUCAGACCCCUUUGAUGACUCCCUCACAGAGCAAUGCAAAAUUGCCCUUUAUUUUUUAUUAUUAUUAUUUUUUAAUGUUGCUGUUGAUUUCUAAAUACCAGCCUUGGCAUGAAUGAGUGCAACUUCACAGAAGUCAACAGGGGCCCCUAAAAUGCUAGAUUCACUCCAUGUAAUCUUGGAUUCAUGGGUAUUGUUGUUGAGUAAUAGUGAUGAUACUGUACUUUCACUACAUUCUUGACAGGAAGCAAAUAAAGCUCCCAUACACAGUAAUGCACAGUCUUAUGGUACUAGAUACUGUAAAUUUAUUAGAAUAGUAUUUGUUAAGUACAAUUGAGGAUUCCAAUUAAGUUAUAUUAUUGUAUAUCGUUUAAAUGUCUAUAGAAUAUUUUAAAUUAUUGUGAACUACACUGUGUUAGAAAAAAAGAAAAAAAGGAAAAAAGGUUAUAUAUUAUAACACCAACCACUCAGAAAAGUGGACCAAAGUGACACUUUCUCUCUUCCACACCCCUAUUUGAAAUAGCUCUGUCUGCUACUGUAAGACCACUGUAAAAGCCCCAUGACUGAGUGAGCAGUCUAGAAUGUAAUGUUUCAGAGCAUCCUACAAAAGCUUUGCUCAUGUGGAGGUGCAGCAUUCAAAAAGGUGCUGUAUGGCACAAAGCAGGGGCUGGCAGUGGGAAUGCUUGGAUGUUGAAAUAUGUCCCAUAUGUUGAAAUAUGGAAAAACAGUUCUGGUCAGAAAAUACCAUUACCACUAAUAUACUGAAACACUCCCCAAAGUUACGACUUUUAACGAAGGUGUCUGUGAAUAGAAGUGGGUUACACACAACUUUUAUUUUUAAAAUUGUAGUUUGAUGUCAAAAACCUGUGACAAUAGAGGUUGGAACAUGACCAGUGACAUGUGGUUUAACCAUACCUUAGCCAUGACAAAACUCAAAAUACUUUAUGUUAUUAAAGAACUUAAGAGCAAAGAUCAAUUUGUUUACUACGUUAAUGUUUUAUGGCAAGCAGAAAACAAAAGAUGAAAUGUGUUUCCAUUAAAACUUAAUUUUUUCCCCUUCCA